AUUUUCAAUCGUCAUCGGCGCGGUCACGCUGUUUUGCAGCUUUAAUUUUCGUUCGUUUUUGACGAGUACGGAAUCGGAAUCGAAAAGAAAAAACAUAAGCAGACAGCCAAAGCAGAGCAUAUUAUAAUGAAUUCCUAAGUUCGACGCGCGCCGAACUAGUCUGCGUAUGUAUUCUUGUGAGCAGACAAGCGGAUGCAUAUUUUUUUGGCGUUUGGCUCGCAAUAAAUGCGUUGUCUUACUGGCUGUGCCCCAAUCGUUAAAAGUGCGUGGAAAAGUGUACGAAACCAAUACACGGAAAGUGGGACAACGGCAACCGAGAGCGCUCGUUGCGCUUGUCAGUGUCUGUGUCUCUGUUGUGUGCGUAUGUUUGUGAUUGUGCGAGUGUGUUUGUCGGCUAAGAGUGUGUUUGUGCCUACAGUCUUCUCAGUCGCUCGAGUGCUUAAAAAAAUGUGUUUUAUUUCUUGUUUAACGCCGAACGCCUAAGACACAGUAGCACAGCGCACCAGUGCAGCAGAAUGCGCCUGGUCAGCGAGUAACGUUCCCUUGCCAGCGGCGAGAAAUGCAUGAUAUGGACUUGGACAUGGCCAACAUGAAGCAUGCCAGCGAAUAGCUCGAAUCGCGAAUUGUGCACGCAAAGAAGAAGGCGCUCUUCUACUCCAUCUUCUUUUGUCUGACUCUGACCGACGACUUUGCCGCAUGGCUUCCAGGCGGACACUGGACAACUGGAUAUAGCAAUGAAUGAUUUACGUCAACAGCAGAUGGUAGCAGCGACAUCGUCAUCAGGAUUGGGAACGGGAACGAGAACGUCAACGUCAACGUCAAUCAUAACCACAGCAGCAGCCGCAUCGUCCACAGCUGGACCAUCAGCCGGUCGCGCCAACACAAGUGCAAUCAACUCGAAUUCAGCGGCAUCAGCAAUCAGCAGCAGCAGCACGAGCGAGGAGGAGCAGCGGGUGAGCUCCACAUCGUCGCCAGCACAGCGGGAGCAGCAGCUGAAUGCGGAUCAGGAGCAGGAUAACGAACGGGAACGGGAACGGGUGCAGGAGGAGCAACAUCAGCAGCGGGAACAGCGGCACAAUCAGCCCGGUCAAAUAACCAGCACCACCGCGUCGCCUCCGCCGACGCAUCAGCAACAGGAACAGGAGCAGGAGCCGCCAACGACGCCGUGCGACGAUGCCCCAGGCACAACUGGAGCAUCCGCAUCAGCAUCGGCAAGCUCAGCAUCCGGAGACGCAGCAGCAUCAGCAGCAGAAGGUGCGAUGGCUGCAACGGCUCUCGACGUAAAGGGCGAGGAGCGCGACGGACACAAGAUUAUCCUGAAGCUCUCCAAGCACGUCAAUCCGAAUCCAAACCCAAACCCAAACCUAAAUGAAUCUCAGCCGGCUGGCGAUGAGCGGCGCGUGGAACCCCUGCGCAUUCAGCUGCCAAGUGGUGGUACCGAUGGAAGCGUAAUGGCCAAGCCCCAAGACGCCUCCGACGCAGACGCCUCCUCCUGCUCCUCGUCAUGUGCCGAAGACGAGGUGGCUAGCAGCCUCGGCCAGCAUCCACGUAGCACGCCGCACAUAGUGCCAAAGCUGACUAUACGCGCCGCCAACGAGGAGCGGGUGGGCAGUGUAGUGCCCAAGUUAACCAUCAAGUUGCCCGAAAACCCGGCUGGCUCUAGCUCCAACAGCAAGUCCAGUUCCGGCUCAGGGGCGGGAAGCGGCGCCCAAUCUGCGCUGCCGACAAAGAACGAAGCCCACCUGUCCAGCCUGUCGCCCGCCUCCGCCUCUUCCUCGUCGGCCUCGUCCUCCUCUUCCUCAUCCUCGUCGUCCUCGCUGGCAGAGAUCCAAACGGUGCCCAAACUGAUGAUUAAGACAACGCUGGCUGGCAGCAGUUGCAUAAGCAGCAGUGAGGAGCAUUCGCACCAGCAGCAGCAGCAGAUACCAAAGUUAACCAUCAAGACGGGUGGCGGCGGCGGCGGCCAGGAGCACAUGCACACCGUGAUCAUGACCCACGACCUGAGCAACGCCCAGAGCAUCCCAAAACUAACCAUCAAGACCAAGUCUAUCGAGCUGCUCGAGGACGACCCGGCGGCCAAGGAGCAGCUGCAACCGCUGCCCAAGCUGACCAUUAAAAACCUGUGCUCGCCGAAGCACAAGGUGCGUGCAGUGCUCGAGGAGAAGGUACCCUCGGUCGCCUCUAAGCUGGCGGCCACCUUGAAGCCCGCGCUCAAUCCAACCCCCGCACCCAUGACGAAUGGCGGUGAGUCAAACAGCAGCAGUCAGGAGUUCUGUGGAUUCUCCGAUCCCGAUGCCGAUCCGGCUGCCGGUGCGUCGGACGAGGGCCGCCGCAACUCCGAUGACAUGGACAUCGACGAGUCGUUGUCGACGCAGCACGACCCCAAGAUGUUUCACAAUCUACCGCCGUUGGUGGCCAGCAAUGGCAUUGCAGUCGGAGCUAGCAAGGUCAGCAAAGCAAGCAAGGCCAAUCCUGCACAGCAGCAGCUACAGCAACCGCAGCACAAUGUGGUGGACAUGGUGGACCUGACCUCGUCUCCGUCGCCUGGCUCUUCGCCAGCGCAUGCGCCCAACAGCUUCACUGGACGCAUAUCCCCCGCCCAAUCGCACAAUCUGCUCCUCGAGUGCCUGCGCAUGCAAGCAGCGGCGGCUGCCGCAGUGGAAUCCAACGCUGGAGUCGGUGUCGGAGAAGGUUCCGUUGGCGGACCCGGCUCGCCAAACUCCAACAUCCUGCUGAGCCAGCUGACGGCGCCAGCCAAAGGUUUCACAACGGCCUCGCCCAAGAGCAACUCUAGCAAGUACCCGCAGCUUACGGAGCGCCUGAUGGCCAAUGGCGGCGGAGGGAGCGGAGUAGGCGGAGUAGUAGCCACUGCUGCUAUUGCAUCCGAAGGCGAUGUACCCGUUGCUCCGUUGCUGACCUCCUCGAACUCCGCCCAGCCCAUCAUCGACUCCAUCGAGAUACUGGACACACCAGAAGGCAGUCCGCACAUAACGUAUGAGGACGAGGACCAUCACCAGUUGCUCAAUAAUCAUCACCAGAGCAACCACAAGCACGCUAUGGCCUCCGGCAAUGACCAGCAUCCGGAGAACGAGCUGCAGGAACUGGACAACAACAACGAGAAUCACUUGAAGCGCAACAGCAGUGAGGGCAACGAAUCUCCUAUUAGUGGCAUCCCUCCCAUCAAGCAGAGGCGCCUGGACAACGACGAGAACGACCAGCAGACGCAAAACUGUCACGAUCCCGCGAACAAGUGCAACGACACCCACAGCGACACGCUGCAGGCAGUGCCGCCGACGCAUCGCUCUCGCAAGCAGAAGCACGAGCGCAUCCUAAACACUGACAUGGAGGAUACCCUCUUUGCGCCCGUCCAGCAGCAGCAGGUGCUGCUUACAUCGGACCAGAAUGGAACGAUGUUUCCGGAGGACGAGGGGGCUGAGUCCAAGGCUCAGGACCCGUUGGAACAUACAGUCACACAGCCGGCGCCACCACCGUCAGUCACGCCGGCAAGCACAGGGAAGCGACGAGGCCGACCGAAAAGGAUCCAGAAUCAGAGCAUCACCGAUCCCGCCCAUGCCUCCGCCACACCCAAAUCCACGCCCGGCGCCGCGCCAGAGGAGGCUAACAGCGCUGUUAAAUCGCGACGCGUUCAGCUCUUGCGCAAGCGUCUGGCCAUCGACAUGGUCAGCGUGGCUUCAGAGCAGGCGGAAGAGACGGCGGGAAGCACGGUGCUCGGCGAACCAGAUGUUCGAGCGGAGGACGAGCUGGUCGGUGCAACGGAGACUCCAACACGUCGUGAGCACCGACCGCUACGAGCCACGCGGCGUACGAUGCCCAAUACUAAUGCGAACACGAACCCACAGCCCACGCCCAAGUCAACCAGAAAGCGUCAGAGCAAGGCCAGUGCUCAGCACAGUCAGCUCCCGCCGCCACCGCCGCCCACGUUGGUUCAGUUCGGUGGUCCUGAGCCGGAGUCCAACAAUAAUAACAACAGCAGUAACAUGGCCUUCGCCCUGGCCGCGCAAAUCGACUUGACCAUGUGCUCGUCCAGCUCAUCGACCUCUUCCGGCACUGCUGCUAAUCAGCAAAUGAUCAGCGGGAGCGGGAGCAGCUCAAUGCUGCCUCCCACUACGAUUCUGUCCUCCUCGGACCCUCUGCCGGAUGUUAUCUUCCAGCCGAACGACUUCUCUUCGAUCAUGGCCACGCAACAGCUGCGUUCGCCGCGCCCCUCCAGCAUCAGCGGUGGCAGCCAGCCGGACUCGCAUGACGAGGAUAACUACAACAGUGCGCUGGAUAACUCUGGAGACGAAUCUGCCUCGACAACGACCAUGCUCUCUAUGACGACACCACCCGCAAGAGGACGCGGCCGUGGCCGUGGCAGGGGCGGCAGCCGGAGCAACAGAGGCUCUUCGUCGGCGGAUCGGUCGGCCAGCACUGGUGGUGGAAACAGUAACUCUGCGACAACGCAACCACGGGCGCCGCGGAUGAGCCGUGGAGCCAGUGCCGUGGCCAAGGCCAUAGCCAUGAGUAGGCCACGCUGCGUGGGCGGCCUGAAGCACACGCCCGAUCCCGAGAGGCUCAAGGGUCUGUUUAGUCCGUCGCCGCAAGUAUUCGAGGAGGACACGCGCAUGAGCGCGGAUCUUAGCAACAGCAGCCAGUCGAUGUCGAUGGCUAGCCUGAUGGAACCGCCACUAACGCCACAAAAGCAACCCGAUUUCCUCAAUAACGAGGAGUCACAGUCGUCCAUGGUGAGCAAUGUGAGCCUGAUGGAUUCGAACCAGGGCCAGUCCGUCGACACCAUACUGGGCUCUUCGCAGAAACGUCCAAAGAAAAAGAAGAUGGAGAUUUGCGUGGCCGAAGACACGGAUUACACCGCCUCCAGCAUCGCAGAGUACGAUUGGCCGCCGCCCAAGGGCUGCUGCCCGUCGAAGAACCGCGACACCUUCAUGAUCCAGGAGCAGGUGGCCCUCUACUUGGGCAUAACUAGUUUCAAGCGCAAGUAUCCGGACCUGCCACGCCGCGCCGUCGACAUGGAGGAGCGGAACUGGCUACAGGAGAAGGGCCUGGUCAGCGAGAGGAUGUGCGAUCUGGGCAUCACCGCCGUGUGGGCCUCCGACAUUCUGGACAUCAUGUACGCGGACUUCUACGACAAGUACGAGGACUACAAGGAGUACAUCCGUCAGAAGCAUCUGCGCGAGAUUGAGGCCAAGCAGAAGGCACUGGGCCUGACCGUCGGUGCCGGACGUGGCCUGCAGGCGCGGGACCGAGCCAUGCUUUCGGCCAGCAAAUGGAACGUAUACUUCAACAAGACCCGCAAGGACGAGCGCCUGGCCUGCCUGGACCUGCAGACGUUCACCAUGAACCAGCCAUUGCAGUGGACGGCGCCCCCGUCCACCCGCCUGCACCGCUCCAUCGCGAAUGUGGUGCUGGAGGCGGCGGAGGCUGAAAACAUGCCGGCGCCACCCACUCUCCUGCCGCCCCGCGUCUACGACGAGGCCUUUAGGGUCUCGGACUAUGCCUACCCACUGACCGUGGUGCCGGAUCAGUUCUCGUUUGCCUUCCGCCAGUUUGAGCCCGCAGAGCUUAGAGCCUAUCCCCUAGACACGGCGCUGGAAAAGCCUCCGACCGAGCUAGAAAUGGCGUUGUUGCAGCCCGUCAACAAUAAGGAAGCCGCUGAGUCCGUUACCAAGGAUGAGGGCACGGAACAAGUGUCGACUAAGGCUCAAACGGUGGCACCCGUCCGUCGCAGCCGGAGAUCGGCACGUCAGCUGCCGGACAAGGCGCGCACGGCCAGCAAUUCCAGCACCUCUUCCACCGGAACGCUCUCAUCCGCGUCCAGUGGCAACGAUAGCAGCAGUGAUACGGACAGUGGAGACGACAGCGACUGCAGCAGCAGCAGCUCGAGCAGUUGCAGCUCGGCGGCCGCUUCGAGUGGAGCUGGCAGCGAGGACGAGGAUGGGAAUGAGACUAGGCACGCUCAGUCCUCUUCCAGGCUGUCCAACUGCGGCGUAUGCCUGCGUAGCCAGCACCGCAACGCUAGGGACAUGCCAGAGGCCUUCAUCCGUUGCUACAGUUGUCGACGGCGCGUCCAUCCCAGCUGCAUCGAUAUGCCGCAGCGCAUGGUGGGUCGUGUACGGAACUACAAUUGGCAAUGUGCCGGCUGCAAGUGUUGCAUCAAGUGCCGGAGCAGUCAGCGGCCAGGAAAAAUGCUCUACUGCGAGCAGUGCGACCGAGGCUACCACAUUUACUGCCUGGGCUUGAAGACAGUGCCAGAUGGACGCUGGAGUUGCGAACGCUGCUGUGUGUGCAUGCGAUGCGGCGCCACUCGGCCCGAGGGACUACCCCAGGUGGCUGCCCUUGCGAUGGCAGCGUCGCCCAAUGCCGAUCGCUCUAAAUCACCACGCGGUAAGCGACUGAAGUGGGUGCACGAAUACCGCAUCGACCACGUAACAAAGUUGCGAGAGCACGCCGCCAUGUUCUGCGUGCCCUGUGCGCGGACGAAACCUGCCAAGCGUCAGUCAGUGUCUACCGCCGUGCCGUCGGCCAUCUCCUCCGUUUCAGUGUCGCUGCCCAGCAGUACGGCUGGUAGCCCCUUGCAGAGUCCCAGUUCGACGAAUAAUGGCGGUCAAGCCCUCACCGCCGGAUCCUCGGCAAUGAGUCCAAAGACGGUUACAUCGUCGCUGCCAUCCAGCUUAGAGGCAACGGCGACGUCGACGGCAUCUACAAGCGCCGGCUCUGUGGCGUCCGGGACGAGCCGGCGACAACAGGUAACUUCGGCUAACAUUACAACAAUGCAGUGCAGCUUUAGCCGAAACAGUGUCUCCGACGAACCAGGGGCUGCCACGGCGACGGCAACCAUCACGGCAACUGCAGCGGCGGCCGCAACUGAGACAGCAACUGCAACGCCCAUAGGAAUAGCGCCGCCGCCGGUUGUUGCCUGAGUGGGGGUCAUACGUUAUUGUGCCAAGCGCACUCUAACGGACUUAUAGUAAGCGCCGGACGCGGCUCCCACCCCAUCCCCUACUGGUGCCAGCAACCGCCCACCCAGACCCACACACACAGAUGCAUAGUAUUACUAAAUGCGACAUAGGAGAAGGAGGAGGAGGAGGAACCGGAAAGGAGGAACUUUUUUUUUGUACCAUCAUUAUUCUUUGUCAGUACAACGUAUUGCAAUUGUUUUAUAUAUAUAUAUAUUUUACUUACUAAAUAGUUGUGUUACUUAACUUUGCUAAUGUUACACGAACACACACACACACCCACACCCACAUGACAAGCACACAAAAACACACAAACCACACUGAAACACAACACGACAAAUAGCAAAAAGAGCAGAUUAAGUUAAACGCUUUGUAUACUCCUAAGUUGAAACAUCGCCUAGCACUUAAGUCCACCACACAAAUCAUUAUGUUUCUAGAGAAUAUUCAUCGGACGCAUUUUAGUUCAAUUGUGCAGUCUGUCUAUGUUUGUCCCUGUCACUGUCCUUGUCCCUUGUCCCAUGUCCUUACCACACACACACCACACACCACACACCACACACCACACCUGAUGGCCUAAAUGUUCCGUGUUAAUGUUUAAUUUUUGUAUCGAAUUAGUGUGUUAUAUUGAUUACGUCUGUCUAUGUCUGUCUCUGAGUGUAAGCCACUGUACUAUAUAUUAUCUAUAUAUACGCGAAGAGCGAUUGAUCGAUGAUUAUGAUGAUUUGUGCUCCGAAUUUUUUGUCACGGUAUAUGUAUGUAUUUAUAAGAGCCACAACACAACCCGUAGUUAAUUAAGUAGUUAAGCACAACCGCAUAAUAUGUACGUACAUAGGUAGCGUCAUGAGCGCCGCCUGGUUUUCCUCUUCAUUUUGUUCCCGAUUCCCCCAGUUCAGUUCCGAUGGGAUGGGGCGAGGAUCCUGUAAUAGUAUGGCUAAGAUUGUAUUAUACGUGUAAUUUAUGCUAACACAUAAACGAAACCACAAAAACAAAAAUUAAAUUUACUACCUGUAGCUAAUAAGAAAGCACAAGAACAGAGAAGGGAGACGACGAAGGCAUAGAUGAUGAGGAGGACUCCGAUUGGGAGAACGCAAAGAUUGAUGAGGAAAACCAUGUGUGAAAUAGAGUUAGGUUCUGAUGCAGCAGCAGCAGCAGCAGCAGUCGCAGCCGCAGCCGCAGCAGAGAUCGAUAAGUAAAUAGUUAGCAUUAAGUUGUUCGUUUGGUCAACUUGACAUUAAGUGGAGGCAUCCACACAGGCGCAGCUGCAAACGCCAGCGAGCCGCCGUUAAUCUACUUUUCCAUUGAGUUUAAUGCUUAAGUCCCUAAGUCCCUAAGUAACCUACUGUAAUGUACACAAACACAUACGAGAAGAUUUAUUUUUAAGUCGAAUAAAACAGCAGCAUUAAUAUCCUG